CUGAUUUUGAAACCGGCCUCCAAUAGGAGGACAUUCACAGUGUCAUGGUGGUGUGAAGCAUGUGCGCCUGUGCAGUCCCUCCCAUGUCAAGUGCAGCAGGGACACGGAAACGGAGUGUCAGCUUGUGGAUAGUGUGUGGAGGAGAAAAGGGGGAGGGAGGGAAAGCAAACACACACAUACUUGCGGCUGAUGUAACAAAAAAAAACUGUGGUCACGAUGGAGUGAGGGUUUUUUGAAUGGAGAGAAGGAAGAGGAGAUGAGUCUCUUCCUGGCUAUGCUCUGAACAAGAUUGAGUGAACAUUUCCUGCAUUACCUCAUUCCAUCAUAAUCUCUCCACCAUGUCGCUGCUGACUCAUGUGCUGGCCUGCCUGUUCGGUAUGGGCUCCUGGGUGGCCAUCAACGGGAUGUGGGUGGAGCUGCCCCUGGUUGUACCGGCGAUCCCGGAGGGCUGGUAUCUUCCAUCCUACCUCACAGUCCUCAUCCAGAUGGCCAACGUCGGCCCACUCUUCAUCACUCUAAUGCACCGCUUUCGCCCAGGGGCACUAGAUGAGCGGCCGGUGAUCUACUUCAUUGUUGGGUUGGGGAUCAUUGCAACAUUCCUGCUUGCCUUCUUCUGGAUGCACACAGUGACAAUCGGGGGCUCGUUGCACAGCGUGCCCCUGCUGGUGUUAAGCUUCCUGCUCUCUGUGGUGGACUGCACCUCCUCGGUUACCUUUCUGCCUUUCAUGAUGAGGCUUCGUCCACAGUACCUCACCACUUACUUUGUAGGCGAAGGCCUCAGCGGUCUGGUGCCUGCACUGGUGGCUCUGAUUCAAGGUGUUGGUGUAGUCCACUGUCAGAAUGCCACUUUGACAGAUGCUGUCAACAAAACAGUUGGAAACACAACAAUGGCUGGUAGUGGAGUGCUACAAGCCAUCUAUCAGCCAGCUAAAUUCUCUGCACAGGUCUUCUUCGUGUUUCUCAGUGCUAUGAUGGUUGUGUGCUUGGUGGCCUUCAUCCUGUUGAACCAUCACCCAGCUGUGGCACGGGAGAGGAUGAACGACCUGUACUUCAGUGGUGAUCUGGCUCCUGGGAAAAGGGAACAGGGUCUGUCUUUGCACGCCCAGACGCCAGAGCAGAAGCCCAUGCUCAACCCCCUGGAAGCUGUGAGGAGGGAACCAAGGAGCUCUUUCGGGAUGGGGACGUACAGCAGUCUUGAGGUGUUGUUCAUCUUUGUCAUUCUGGCCUGGGUCAAUGCUCUGACCAAUGCGAUCCUGCCCUCAGUCCAGUCGUACUCCUGUCUGCCUUAUGGGAACAAGGCCUACCAUCUGGCUGCCACCAUGGCAGCUGUUGCCAACCCAGUGGCCUGCUUCAUCGCCAUGUUUGUACCAAUCAGAUCUCUCUUCUUCAUGGGAUUCUUGACCAUGUUUGGGACUGGAUUUGGAGCCUACAUCAUGGCCAUGGCUGCUCUCAGUCCCUGCCCUCUGCUGGUCCACAGUACCUCUGGAACUUUAGUCAUAGUGCUGGCCUGGAUCAUGUUUGUCCUGUCCCUGUCAUAUGUAAAGGUCAUCAUUGGGGUGAUCCUUAGGGAUGAGGGCCACAGCGCCCUCGUGUGGUGUGGAGCAGUAGUGCAGUUGGGCUCCAUGGUUGGGGCUUUGUCUAUGUUCCCACUGGUCAGUGUCUAUGGACUUUUUAAGUCAGGUGAUGCUUGCAACACUAAGUGUCCAAUGUAGUAAAUAUAUGUGUAAGUUAUAGACUGUAUAAACACUGUUGUACAAAACUGAAA